AUGUUAGACUGCCGUGGCUCGCCUACGUUCGACAAGUGUUGCCUUGCUAUGCCUAAUUUUGCAUGGUCUAUCACAAACCUCAAGUACCUUGCCUUGAGCAUGACUGGCUAUGCAGUGGUCAACACGAUGGCUGCCUUGGCCUCAGAGAACAGUCCGGACGAGGUGCACAGGUCUAUGAAUGACACUAUAUGGGUGCUACAUACCCUAGGCAAGCCGGUACAUCAGCUCGUCGUAGAAUCCUGCGCUUUGGCCGACGAUCACGACAAUGAUGGUGGCGCAUACAAGUUUCAUAGAGAGAACGAGCCCCUGCCCCGACAUGAUCCUCGUCACAAUGUGUAA